AUGAAGGGAUCAGAAUUCGAGAUGGUAGUACAACUGAUGCACUCGGUCCUGGAUACAGAUAGCUAUUACGAGGUAAAUUCUACUAAUUUGGUCUGGGACUGGAGGAAUGCGAUCAUCGAUUAUCUCGAGCAUGGGAAAUUGCCCAAUGAUUCCAAGGCGUCUCAGGCGCUGCGUGUCAAAGCAGCACGGUUGGAAGCAGCUAAAGGUAAAUGGCCUGAGGAACUACCCGGAUUCUUAUGGGCCUAUCGAACGGUGGCCAAGUCGAGCACGGGGGAAACUCCCUUUUCUCUUGUGUACGGAACUGAAGCCUUGAUUCCGGUAGAAGUAGGGGAGCCUAUCUUAAGGUAUUUCCAGGCAAGCGAAAAAGCAAACAAUGAAGCGAUGCUGGUCAACUUGGAAUUACUCGAUGAGCGCAGGGACUUGGCACGUGUAAGGAUGGCGGCACAAAAGCAGAGAAUGAAAAGAUAUUAUAAUUGA